AUGAGACGGACGACGCGGAGCCUCAUAGUCAACGCCAUCUUAUUCUGGGCAGUCCUGUUCCUGAUCAUCUACACCAACCAUGAUUGGGGAUCGACUACCAAGACCUUUGCAUGGUCUAGAAUCCACUACAAGGCCUCUUCGACCGCCCUACCUGAGCCUCGUGGCAGCUGUCCCGGCUUGGAAGACAGCGCAAAGCCCGCACUAGUGGUGGCAAGAGUUGGUGCCGAGGACCGUUCAUGGCUUGACGCCCUAGCAGCCUCUUACCACCUGUGCGUGUACAGGACCGACCUCCAAGACAUGACCUCAUGGCAACUCCAAGUGCCCGCGAACAGGGGCCAUGAAGCCAUGGCAUACCUCACGUUCCUGAUCGACAACUACGACCGCCUCCCCGCGGCUGGCGCCGUCUUUGUGCAUGGCUCCCGAUGGGCAUGGCAUAAUGAUGCUCCCGAUUACGACAAUGCUGCUCUUCUUACUGCUUUGAAUGUAUCGGCUGCUCUCGCCCCGUUCGGAUACCACAACCUGCGUUGCGACUGGAGCGCCAGCACCUGCUCCCCCUCCGAGACCCCGGCACAGGGCAGCCUGGAAACAUUGGCGCGCUCUGUGCUCGAGCCGUGGAACUUGCGCUUGGUCUCGGACAGGGCACUACCACGUGCGAUCGCAGACUUGUUUGGCGGCGGGGGAUCAGAUGUGAAUCCAGGCUCUGCGAGGUUGUUGCUGGGUCGCUCGGAUGCUAUUCGGUCGCAAUGCUGCGCGCAAUUUGUUGUCUCGCGAGAGCGCAUGUGGCACCACGCCCGUGACGAGUAUAUCGCCCUCCGACAGUGGCUGCUGGAUGAGGGAGAGAGUGCUGCACCCCCGGACGACCGCAUCGCAGGCCGGAUCCUGUCAUAUAUAUGGCACAUCCUAUUCCUGCCGCAAGGCGAAUCUUCUCACAUUGAUCUAAAGCAGCUCAAUUCUUUAGCAUGCCCGCCCGCCGACGAAUGCUACUGCCGCUUGUACGGCCGUUGCGACCUCGACGGCUGCUCAAGUCCCGGUCAUUGUCGUGGGCAGUAUGUCUUGCCGCCGGACUUUCGACUGCCGGAUGACUGGGCAGUCAGACAUUCGUGA